UUUAGUUAGGCUACCGUAUAUUUCUCUCACUUGAAAAACACUUCAUAAAUUGCGAGCCCAAGAGCUUUUUUCUCUAAUCCCAUGCAUCAGCCAGGGAGUGAAAGGAAAGACUAAAGAGUGUUCUUUAAUUUGUUGUUGUUUAGUCCCUCUUCUCUUAACAUUCAUUGCCACCAAACAGCCCAUACCCAUCCAAGAAAAAUGGAAAUGACUACUAGUCCAACUCUGUCAUUAACCCAGAGUAGUGUACCUGAGGUCACACAACGUCGCUCUGCAAAUUACCGUCCUAGCAUUUGGGGAGAUCGUUUCCUUGCCUACGGUUCUACUAUCACGGAAAUGGAGGUUAAAAUGGAGCAAAGAAUUGAGAAGCUCAAAGAAAAAGUGAGAGAGAUGAUCGCGGCGAGAGCUGAUAAAUCUUCACAAAAGCUGAACUUGAUUGAUGCGAUUCAACGCCUAGGUGUGGCCUACCAUUUCAAAACCGAGAUUGAGACUGUAUUACAGGACAUCUAUGAAACCUAUUAUGAAAUGGCCGAUGAUGAAGAUCUUUACACUGUGGCUCUCUCAUUUCGGCUACUUAGACAACAUGGACAUCCCAUUUCCUGUGAUGUGUUCAAUAAAUACAAGGACAACAAAGGAAAAUUUCAAGAAUCCGUAGCUCGUGAUGUAAGAGGAAUGCUAUGCCUGUUCGAAGCUACACAUCUGAGGGUGCAUGGAGAAGAUAUAUUAGACGAAGCACUGACUUUUACCACCACUCACCUCAACUCUGCACUACCAAACUUAAGCAAGAAUCCUCUUGCAGCACAAGUAGUUCAUGCUCUGAAUCAACCCAUCCACAAGGGCUUGACAAGGCUUGAGGCACGAUGUUACUUCUUGUUCUACGAACAAGAUGAUUCCCACAAUAAAACUCUACUGGAUUUUGCAAAAUUGGACUUCAACCUCUUGCAGAAGUUGUACCAGAGGGAGCUACGCGAAAUCACAAGGUGGUGGAAAGAUUUAGACUUUGCAAAUAAACUACCUUUUGCAAGGGAUAGAUUGGUGGAGUGCUACUUUUGGAUGAUGGGUGUGUGCUUUGAGCCUCAAUAUUACUUUGCUAGGAAGCUUCUAACUAAAGUGAUUACCUUGGCUUCAAUUAUGGACGAUAUUUAUGAUAUCUAUGGAAACUUGGAAGAACUUGUGCUCUUCACUGAUGCAAUUGAGAGGUGGGAAAUGAGAGCAUUGGACCAACUACCGGCCUACAUGAAACUAUUUUAUCAAGCCCUUUUAGAUGUUUACAAUGAGAUUGACGAUGAGAUGGCUAAAGUAGGAAAAUCAUAUGCAACAGAAUAUGCAAAAUCUGCACUGAAGAAAUUAGCAAGAGCAUACUUUAAUGAAGCCAAAUGGUUUCAUGGGGGCUAUGCUCCAACUAUGGAUGAGUAUAUGAGUGUUGCACUCAAUUCUAGUGGUUAUAAAAUGCUUGCAACCACUUCCUUUGUUGGAAUGGCAGAGUUGGCGACCAAAGAGGCCUUUGAAUGGGUAUCAAGCGAUCCUUUAAUUGUUCAAGCUGCAGCAGUGAUUGCUAGACUCAUGGAUGAUAUGGUUAGCCACAAGGUUGAGCAACAACGAGGGGAUGCACCCUCGGCCGUUGAAUGUUAUAUAAAGCAGCAUGGUGUAACAGAGGAUGAGGCGCUUGUUGAACUUCAAAAACUUGUUACGAAUGCAUGGAAAGACAUAAAUGCAGCAUGUCUCCACCCAGUUGAAACGCCAAUGCCUCUCCUCAUGCGGGUUCUAAACCUUGCCCGGGCGAUGGAUGUUUUAUACAAGGAUGAAGAUAAUUACACAAAUCCCGAGACCAAGCUCAAAGGCUACAUUACCUCGGUGAUCAUCAAUCCUGUGCAAAUCAACUAGCAAAUGGUUCUCUCUUCCAUGGACGGCUACCAAGGAUUAAUUAUCUAUUAGCUAUAGAAGCAUUACAGAAUAAUCGUAGGAGUAAUUUACAUGGACUUCCAUUGCAAAUUUUAUCGUAUUAUUAUUAUU